AUGUCACAAAAUGAAAUGCCAAUUGCACAACCAUUUGAAUUACCAUGUGGACUCAAAUUAUCUAAUAGAAUUGUCAAAGCACCGAUGUCAGAAAUGCUUGGCAGUGGUGAUAAUCAACCUAAUGAAUAUAUCUAUCGUCUUUAUGAACGUUGGGCAAAAGGAUCAUUUGGUCUUAUGUUAACCGGUAACGUUCAAGUCGAUGAACGUUAUCCAGGUCUCAUGACAGAUAUGAUAAUUCCAAGUAAAGAUAAACUUGAUAUUACCAAAUGGAAACAAUAUGCAAAUAUUUGUCAAAGUCAUGGCACACCAACUAUUGUUCAAAUUAAUCAUGCAGGACGUCAAUCACCUUUAGGAAAAAGACCUUUUAGAGAACCUCCAAUUGCUCCUAGUCCAAUUCCACUAUCUAUUGGUGAUAAUAUUUUUGCUCGAACUUUACAAUAUUUAGUCAUUGGCACGCCUAUUGAAAUGACUCGAGCUCAAAUCGAUGAAGCUGUUGAAAAAUUUGUUGAAGCAACAGAAUUUAUGGCUAAAGCAGGUUUUGCUGGUGUAGAACUUCAUGCUAGUUAUGGUUAUUUGAUUAGUAGUUUUUUAUCAUCAAAAACAAAUAGACGAAAUGAUGAAUAUGGAGCAACAUCAAAAGAUAGAAUGAGAUUUUUAUUUCGAAUCAUUGAUGCUAUCAGAGCAAUCGUUCCUCAAACAUUUGCUGUUGGUAUUAAACUCAAUUCAACUGAUUUUAGUACCGGUGGAUUACUAGAAGAAGAAGAAGUCUAUGAUCAAAUUCGAUGGAUUGAUGAACAUGGUGGUAUUGAUUUUAUUGAAAUUUCUGGUGGAACUUAUGAACAUGAUACUCGAUCAAAACGAACUAACAGACUAGACACUAACUUUAUUGAAUUUGUUGCCAAAGUUCGUAAAACUACAAAGAUUGCCUUAAUAGUUACUGGUGGAUUUCGUACUCGUGAAGGUAUGAAUGAUGCUAUUCGUUCUGAUGCAUGUGACUUUGUUGGUAUCGCUCGACCUGUCUGUAUUCAAUUUAAUUUACCACAAAUCUUACUCAGUCGAGAUAUUCCUGAUAAUGAUGCACGAGCAAUGCGAUAUAAUAUUCGUGGAAUUCAGCUUUUCAAUUUAAUACCUAUAAAGGACAUUAGUUCAACUAUCAGAGUUUUCUGGCAUAAUUGGCAACUGCAUCGAGUUGCUAUCGAAAAUCGAGAACCGGAUCCAACUCUUAGCAUUCACGGCAAAAUAUUUAGUAUAUUUCUUACAAAGUUUAAAAAAAUUAUUCCAUUAUUCGUUUUAUCCUUCGCUAUUUUAUAUGCUUCUUUUCUAUAA